AUGAGCAAGCUUUGGGAGUUUUUUAUACAAGAUGACGCCGAGAGCUUUCAACGGCUCCUCGCGAGCCCGGAACCGAAAGGGACGCGAUCGGAUGUAAACGCUCGAGAUCACCAUGGUAGGACGCUGCUACACCACGUCGCUUCGUCACCGAAACCUACCGCUAUCAACUUCGCGCGUGCGCUCCUCGAAGCCUACCCUUCGCUCGAUAUUUAUGCACAAGAUUGGGAGAGUGGAUGGACAGCUCUACACAGGGCAUUGUAUGCCGGGAAUGCUUCAGUCGCGCGAGCGUUGAUGAUCCGCGACAAUGAGUCAGAUUUCGCAAGGCUAGGGAACAGCAAAUCCAUCAACCACCAGAGCGGGAGUCUGAUUAAAAUCAAGGACCGCGAAGGUUAUUCUCCGUUCGACGUUUAUGGUGCGACAAUCACUUCUCGCGACAUCAAGCAGAUAAAGUUCCCCGGUGAUUUGGAGAAUGAUACCGCUUCCAACGCUGCGUCAUACAAUGAAGAGGAUGAGGAUGACGGUUCCUUUCUGCGGGUAAUCGCGAGGAGCAUAGGCGCAGACUUCUCAGCGGAUGAGAUCUUCACAUUCGGCAGUAACAAAAAUUUGAAUUUGGGGCUUGGAGAUCAAGAUGAUCGGCAGUUUCCUGAGCGUAUCGCCAUCCAACGCCCUGAUCAUCUUCUUGAUCGCUUUUAUCGUGAAUACCAGGAUCGGAUGGAAUCCUUGGGAAUGGAGGAUCUGAUCAAGACAAACCCGUCUGAUGAGCUACCGACCAUCAUCGCAAACAGGCCUACGAAAUUCCGCAAUGUAGCAAUGUCGAAGCUACAUACUGCUAUCAUGACGGAUGAUCCAGAAGCAAACCUUUUCAUGUGUGGGUUUGGUCCUGGUGGUCGCCUUGGAACCGGCGAUGAAUCCACGAGGUUUGAUUUCGUUUGUAUCGAGGGUGGUGGUCUAGCAGGAAAGGCAGUGGUGUCGGUCGCCUUAGGUCAAGACCAUAGUCUCGCCAUCACUGAUACCGGUGAGAUUUUCAGUUGGGGAAGUAACACAUUUGGUCAACUCGGCUAUAAUCUGCCUCGGACGAGCAAUCGGAAUGAUGUUCCCAUCCAGACCACUCCUCGACAGAUCUUUAAUGCUUUCAAGAGAGAGAGAAUUAUGGGUGCUGCGGCAUCAGCCAUCCACUCAGUGGUUUUCAGUGAUUCUGGCCUCUAUACCUUUGGCAAGAACGAGGGUCAAUUAGGACUCGUCGACUCUGAUGCAAGAUCUCUUGAGGUUCAAAUAACCCCUAGACGCGUGGGAGCCUCUCUGUUUCAAUGCCCCAUCCAGACAGUAUCCGCCAUUGACCGUGCCACGGCCAUCCUUCUGCAAAACCAUGAAGUUUGGGUAUUCUCGCAAUACGGAUACUCAAAGCUCUCGUUCCCACUAGAGGCUAGCUCAAGCUUUAUUCGAGAUAGUUUCAUGGCCACGCGAUAUGACCACUCAGUGAACCAUGUGGUCAAACUUGCUAGUGGAGGCAACACAAUAUGUGCAUUGUCUAGUUCCGGAGAGGUCUUCACCGUCGAGGUUAGCAAGACAGAGAACUUUGAAACAUCAACAUCCACGACGAAUCCGGCCAAAAUUAGGAAUUCAUUAGCCUCCCCUUUGAGGGCGUGGUCCGUGAAAAAGUCGCACAUGGCAGCAAGCGAUGUAGACGUGGGACAAGAUGGAUCUAUCAUCAUCUGCACCACGUCUGGCACAGCCUGGAGAAAGGAGAAAAGAACCAAGCGUAAGGACGGUUCCUCGAAAGACUACAAAUUCGCUCGCAUUCCAGGCCUGUCUCGGGCUGUGGCUGUGCGUAGUAACGCGUUCGGGGCAUAUUCUGUUGCGCAGCGCGAUUGCGAUGUGACUCGAGAUCAGGUACACAUUGGCCGCAGCACUCUUUGGGAUGACCUGUUACCACUUUCACCUUUCCUUACCCCUGGAAUCGAAGAAAUCGACUCAGUCCUUGCAAAUGAUGUGACAGAUGAUCCAGUCCCACUCCCGGCAGGGGCAAUGAUCAAAAGAGCUCUCAUUCUCUCGCCAGAAAUUGAAAGCCAGUUUCUGUCUUUUCAGACUUCGGGCACGAUAUGGCUCACGACCACGGAUUCUGAACAGCGCAUUCCGGCACAUCAAUUUCUUCUCGCGGGUCGCAGCCCUGUCCUCCGAAAGGCGCUCCACGAGUUUCGAGAAUCCUAUUAUUCAUCUGUGCCUGAUCUUCUCGAUAUUGAGUAUGGCAAAGACGGACAGACGCAAAUCCGUUUCCGAGGUGUCGAUUUCCUGACUGUGAUGAAUCUGGUCUUUUUCCUCUAUACCGAUGGGAUUCUCGAUGUGUGGCACCUUGCGAAGACUUCUACCAAGGAUGCAGCUCGUUAUCGCCAGGUACGCAACGAAGUAAUGCGGGUUGGCACACAGCUUGCUUUGCCGACGCUGGAACGCGCAGCCAGAUUGAUGGUCGAACCUCAACGAAGCCUGAAAAAGGACAUGGCACAUGCCAUCAACCAUUCUUCUUUCUUCGAUGAUGCAGAUGUGAUUGUUCAGUUGAAGGGUGGUUUUUUGAAAGUGCACAGUCAAGUGAUCUGUCAACGAUGUCCUUUCUUUGAAGCUCUGUUUCAUGGCCGCUCGGGUGGUAGGUGGCUAGAGUCCCGCCGGUCAUCCGAAAAAGUACAUGUCGACUUGAAACACAUCGAUCGAUCGAUCUUCGAUUUCGUUUUGCGCUACGUCUAUUCCGAUGAGGAUGAACAUUUGUUCGACCAGGUGCGCGUAAAGACAAGCGAUGAUCUAAUUGACCUGUUCCUGGACGUGAUGUAUGUCGCCAAUGAGUUGAUGAUCGACCGAUUAUCACAGAUUUGCCAGAAUAUGAUCGGCCGAUUUGUCAACACGCGGAACAUCUCAUACCUUCUCAACUCGGCUGCCCCUGUUUACAUGACUGAGUUCAAGGAAGCAGCUUUGGAGUACAUCUGCCUUGAUCUGGAGACUAUGCUUGCGAACAAAUAUCUGGAUCUCGACGAUAAUUUACUCGGGGACCUUGACUUGGUGUGUCACGAAAACCAAUUGGCUUGCUUCCCUAUCUCUCGAGGACGCAACUCCGAGGGAUACGUGCUUGAGAAGUACCCGGAGAUUGUCAGCUCGGUCGAGACGGACAAGCAACGUCGCAUCGACGCGAUGGCUCUCCAAACCCGCUUAGACCAUAGAGAAACCGAUGAAAUACGACCACGGCAGACUGCAGGUGACAAAACACCCUCUUCCGCGAGGAAGGGAAAAUCCAGCACGCCCAGAGCCCUUCACAGUUCAGCGGCCAGCCCCAUGCUGAAACCAAGACAAUCCAGCAGUGAUCUGAUGUUCCAAAUGGACGAAGAGGCAGGCUCAACUAGUGACUUGUCCAAGGGUAAAGCCGCUUUGCGUGGCAUGAGCUUGGCUGACAAUUCAUACCCUAACUCGCCCGCUCUUGGAGCAAGCAUACCUGAGUCAAUUGAGGAGAGAAGCUUCCUGGAUGUCCAAAUGUCUUCACCCCGCGACACCCUACUGGCAGAGUCCCCAACCGAGUCAAGGGCUAUCGCGCUUCAUCAAAGGCGUUCUCUGGGAUCACCUCAAGGGUCUUCGGCGCCCUGGGGCUCCCCGGCGUUACCCAGCGGCAAAAAGGAUCUGAAAGAUAUCAUGGGAGAAACUUCGCAAUCUAGAGUUUCCAAUCUGACUUUGGGCAUGUCUAGUCCUCGCGAGAGCAGCAGCAAGUCCACCCAGAAGGUUUCCCAAAGAGAUCGGAAGAAGCUGCAACAACAACAGAUGCAGGAGAUGCUUGUCGCACAGGAAAAGGCCAAAGAAGCAUCCCAGAAUCCGUGGCAAUUGCCCCAACCAGCUACCCCUGGUACUCCCACUAAAGAUCCUCUUCCCGGUCGAAAAGUUGCCAGCCCACCAGCAUCCGAUCAGAAGCCCGCUCAAAGGCCAGCCAUGACCAUGCGCCAGACAGUUGCCGGGACACCUCCUCCAACGAGAUCGAAGCCAGUCGCCACCCCAGUGCAGCCACAAAGCCGGAGUGUUUCAACAAAUAUUCAAACUCCUAUCUCCAAGCCCUCGCCUUCUUCUCACAACUCCCUACCAAAAGCAUCUCCACAGCCCCCGGUUCAUUCUAUCCGACAUAUCCCGCGCCUUGACCCGCAUGCGGCAUCUCGCUCCCCUUCUGCUGGUUCUUUCUCUUUGGCUUCUAUCCUCCACCAGCAGCAAAUAGAAAAGGACGAGAUUCGCGAAGCAGCCAAUGCGAAGCACAAUCUCGACGAAAUCCAAGCCGAGCAAGAGUUCCAGCAGUGGUGGGACCAAGAGAGCAAGCGUAUCCAAGGUCUUUUGGACCCUGAGCCGUCCCAACAAGAGCAGCAAGGGAACCAGCAGCGUGGCAGUGGAAAGAGUGGACGCGGCGGCAAAGGCACUGGUCCCGGCCCUGGCACUCCUAGCAACUCUCGCAAACGUCGGGGUAAUAAGACUUCGGUGCCGGAAGCCAACAGCUCCCAAGGCCAAAGGCAAACACAGCCUACUCCAAAGAAAAACGUGAGUGGUCAUGGAUCCACGCAACCUCGGGAUACACCUGCUGGAAAUCAUACCACCGGAAAGAAUCCUCGUCGUAGUGGGCAACGUGGUAGGGGUAAAGACCGGGGUAAUCAAGCUUGA